AUGUUCUCCAAGACCUUCGCUGUUGCUACCUUCGCCGCUGUGGCCUCUGCCCAGCUCCCGGCCAUCGCCCGGCGAGAGUUCCUCAUCGAGGCUCGUCAGACUUACUCCGCCGACGAUGCCUGUUCCACCGCCAUCGCCUCGGUCCUGCCCAUCUACAGCGAGAUUCCCCUUCCUCCUUCUGAGCUUCAGUCCGUGAGCCUCCCUUCGGACCCGUGUGAGACUCCUUCUUUCACUGGUACCGUCGCCGCUGAGUACAGCUCAUACACCUCCGAGGUCCUCGACUGGUACACCUCGCACAGCGACGAGCUCCUCAGCGCCCUGGCCUCUUGCACCGAUCUCGCCGCUUACGCCUCCGAGGUGCCUGUCUGCUCGACCGCUGCCUCCGCUAUCCUCAGCUCGGUUUCUGCCAUUGCUACCGAAGAAUCGUCCGCCUCGGCCACCGACGCUGAGGGUGGCGCCACAGCCACCGGCUCUGGCGCUGCCGAGUCCUCUUCCGAGGCCGGCGAAACUGGCUCAUCCAUCGCCACCGCCACCGCCACCAAGUCGUCUGCCGCUUCUGGUACCAGUGCUUCCACCGUCGCCACCGCCGGCGCUGCCCGCGAGAACAGCGGCUUCGUCGCUGGAAUCAUUGCUGCCGCCGGUGUCAUUGCUGCCGUUGCCGCUCUGUAA